AAAGUGGGAAGUGGAGUGUGCGGGCUGUCAGUGGGCGGGCCGUCCUGCCAUGCGCCCCGCCUCCUGCUCACUUGCGCCCAGCCUCAGGGCUGCCAGCUGCGAGGGGCCCAGUUGCUCCGCUCCGGGACCGAAAUACGUGGUGGGAAGAGAGAGAACAGUUUCCCAAAGGUUGUCUGCGGAUCUCCACCCUCUUCUGUGGCGUUCUUGUGCCUAUACAAUCUGGUCAGAGCAUGAGUUGCUGAGAGUCCGGCAAAGGCGGGAUGAACUUCACUGAUGGCAAAGCAGCUUUAACCUCCCAGGCAGAAGGGCGGAGGCUACUCGUCUUUCUUGGCCCAUCCCAACAAGGACAGCGGGUCUCCGAGCAGUAAGGCAACAGAAUGCCCCCUGGGGUGGACUGCCCCAUGGAGUUCUGGACCAAAGAGGAGAACCAGAGCGUGGCUGUUGACUUCUUGCUGCCCACGGGGGUCUACCUGAACUUCCCGGUGUCCCGAAAUGCCAACCUCAGCACCAUCAAGCAGGUGCUAUGGCAUCGUGCACAGUACGAACCUCUCUUCCACAUGCUCAGUGACCCUGAGGCUUACGUGUUCACCUGUGUGAACCAGACUGCCGAGCAGCAGGAGUUGGAGGACGAGCAGCGGAGGCUGUGUGACAUCCAGCCCUUCCUGCCAGUCCUGCGCCUGGUGGCCCGCGAGGGUGACCGUGUGAAGAAGCUUGUCAACUCCCAGAUCAGCCUUCUCAUCGGCAAAGGUCUCCAUGAGUUCGACUCCCUGCGGGACCCAGAGGUGGAUGACUUCCGCACUAAGAUGCGCCAGUUUUGUGAGGAGGUCGCUGCUCACCGCCAGCAGCUGGGCUGGGAGGAUUGGCUGCAGUACAGCUUCCCCCUGCAGCUGGAGCCCUCGGCACGGAGUUGGCGGGCUGGCAUACUACGUGUCGCCAACCGAGCCCUGCUGGUCAAUGUGAAGUUUGAGGGCAGUGAGGAGAGCUUCACCUUCCAGGUAUCCACCAAGGACAUGCCCCUGGCACUGAUGGCCUGCGCCCUCCGGAAGAAGGCCACGGUGUUCCGGCAGCCUCUGGUGGAGCAGCCUGAAGACUAUGCACUUCGGGUGAACGGGAGGCACGAGUACCUCUAUGGCAACUAUCCACUCUGUCAGUUUCAGUACAUCUGCAGCUGCCUGCACAGCGGACUGACCCCCCACCUGACCAUGGUCCACUCCUCCUCCAUCCUUGCCAUGCGGGAUGAGCAGAGCAACCCUGCCCCCCAAGUCCAGAAACCACGCACCAAGCCUCCCCCAAUCCCUGCUAAGAAGCCAUCUUCUGUGUCCCUGUGGUCCCUAGAGCAGCCAUUCUGCAUUGAGCUGAUGGAGGGCAGCAAGGUGAAUGCGGACGAGAGGAUGAAGCUGGUUGUGCAGGCGGGGCUCUUCCACGGCAAUGAGAUGCUAUGCAAGACGGUGUCCAGCUCAGAGGUGAGCGUAUGCUCGGAGCCCGUGUGGAAACAGCGGCUGGAGUUCGACAUCAGCAUCUGCGAUCUGCCGCGCAUGGCCCGGCUCUGCUUUGCGCUCUAUGCCGUUGUGGAGAAGGCCAAGAAGGCGCGGUCUACGAAGAAGAAGUCCAAGAAGGCGGACUGCCCCAUCGCCUGGGCCAACCUCAUGCUAUUCGACUACAAAGACCAGCUCAAGACUGGCGAGCGCCGCCUUUACAUGUGGCCCUCAGUCCCAGAUGAGAAGGGAGAGCUGUUGAACCCUGCGGGGACAGUGCGUAGUAACCCCAACACGGAGAGUGCCGCAGCCCUGGUCAUCUUCCUGCCUGAGGUGGCUCCCCACCCAGUGUACUUCCCUGCUCUGGAGAAGAUCCUGGAACUGGGGCGUCACGGGGAGCGUGGACACAUCACGGAGGAGGAGCAGCUACAGCUGCGGGAGAUCCUGGAGCGGAGGGGGUCUGGGGAGCUGUACGAACACGAGAAGGACCUGGUGUGGAAAAUGCGUCACGAAGUCCAGGAGCGCUUCCCGGAGGCGCUGGCCCGCCUGCUGCUGGUCACCAAGUGGAAUAAACACGAGGACGUGGCCCAGCUAUCCCAGAUGCUCUAUUUGCUGUGCUCCUGGCCCGAGCUGCCCGUGCUGAGCGCCCUGGAACUGCUGGACUUCAGCUUCCCCGACAGCUACGUGGGCUCCUUCGCCAUCAAGUCCCUGCGGAAGCUGACGGAUGACGAACUUUUCCAGUACCUUCUGCAGCUUGUGCAGGUGCUCAAAUACGAGUCCUACCUGGACUGCGAGUUGACCAAAUUCUUGUUGGACCGAGCCCUGGCUAACCGCAAGAUCGGCCACUUCCUCUUCUGGCACCUCCGCUCUGAGAUGCACGUACCAUCCGUGGCCCUGCGCUUUGGCCUCAUCAUGGAGGCCUACUGCAGAGGCAGCACCCACCACAUGAAGGUGCUGAUGAAACAGGGGGAGGCACUGAGCAAGCUUAAGGCGCUGAAUGACUUUGUGAAGGUGAGCUCUCAGAAGACCACCAAGCCCCAAACCAAGGAGAUGAUGCAUAUGUGCAUGCGUCAGGAGACCUACAUGGAGGCCCUGUCCCACCUGCAGUCUCCACUCGACCCCAGCACCCUCCUGGAGGAAGUCUGUGUGGAGCAGUGCACCUUUAUGGACUCCAAGAUGAAGCCACUGUGGAUCAUGUACAGCAGCGAGGAGGCGGGCAGGGCUGGCAGCGUGGGCAUCAUGUUUAAGAACGGAGACGACCUCCGCCAGGACACGCUGACCCUGCAGAUGAUCCAGCUCAUGGACGUCCUGUGGAAGCAGGAGGGCCUGGACCUGAGGAUGACCCCCUAUGGCUGCCUCCCCACUGGAGACCGCACAGGCCUCAUUGAGGUGGUCCUGCACUCAGACACCAUCGCCAACAUCCAGCUGAACAAGAGCAACAUGGCGGCCACGGCUGCCUUCAACAAGGAUGCCCUGCUCAACUGGCUCAAGUCCAAGAACCCCGGGGAGGCCCUGGAAAGAGCCAUCGAGGAGUUCACCCUCUCCUGUGCUGGCUACUGUGUGGCCACAUACGUGCUGGGCAUCGGUGACCGACACAGUGACAACAUCAUGAUCCGAGAGAGUGGGCAGCUGUUCCACAUUGAUUUUGGCCACUUCCUGGGGAACUUCAAGACCAAGUUUGGAAUCAACCGUGAACGGGUCCCCUUCAUUCUCACCUACGACUUCGUCCACGUGAUUCAGCAGGGGAAGACCAAUAACAGUGAGAAAUUUGAACGGUUCCGCGGCUACUGUGAACGAGCCUACACCAUCCUGCGGCGCCACGGGCAGCUCUUCCUCCAUCUCUUCGCCCUGAUGCGAGCCGCGGGUCUGCCUGAGCUCAGCUGCUCCAAGGACAUCCAGUACCUCAAGGACUCUCUGGCACUAGGGAAGACAGAGGAGGAGGCGCUCAAACACUUCCGGGUGAAGUUCAAUGAAGCCCUACGGGAGAGCUGGAAAACCAAAGUCAACUGGCUGGCGCACAAUGUGUCCAAGGAUAACAGGCAAUAAGGGGCCUCCCCUCCUGGUGCCACACAUCCUUCCUUCUCAGCCCUAGAGGUAAACAGUCGGUCCUGGGGACCGGGCACGCUUAGUGGUCAUCAAAGAGGCCCCAACGCCUGAACAGCUCCUCUAGGGGAAGAACCACACAGUUGCCUCGUUUAUACUGGUUAUUUAUUUAUGACUCAAUGUUUAAGGGACAAAACAGCCAUAAACAGAACUGUCUUUGUGGAGGGGAGGGGUGCUGUCCUCUUGAGACACCCCUAACCCUGCCCCAGUCAGCACUGUAAGCAGCGCCUUGAGGAUUGCACCCCUAGUCUUCCAACCUAUGGAUCUAGGCCCAGAAAAGACCGUUCUUCUCGGGGCCUUCUCCCCAGCAGGCUGCCUGGAGCCUCCCCUCCAGACAGGACACUUCAAUCCUCAGCUCACCUCAGUCACCUUUGUGUGGCCCACCUUUGGCAACCUCUACCAACCAAGCUUCCAGCAGCUUCCAAGGAAACCAGAAGCCAGGGCGCCCUCUAGACUCAGGCACACUCGCUCGGCCCUGCUCAAGUGACCUCUUGGAUAAUGGGGACAGCCUCACCUUUUAUUUUCGGGUAAGAAAACGGCAGCCAAACUAUGUACAGAACUCUACAGCUGGGGACAAGGACCCCGCCCCUGCUAUGUCUUGUUACGUGCUAGGCCUCAAAACACUCCCGAAACUGGCGGCUGAUUUAGCUCGGUCACAAGACAAAAGCAGGUCAGAGUGCAGUCCUGUGCAGUGAGUGUGAACCACACCCAGAGGCAGCUUUGUGAAAGGGCAGGAUUGGUCUCUCCUAGAGCUGUCCCCCCAGGAGGCAGCUGGGGAGCCAGGUCUGCAGGGAGAGCAAGAGUUGAGGGUUCGAGAACCCAAAGUUGUCAGGGCUUUUAUCCUUGAAAAGGAAUGGAUCAGAGCGACUCUAGAAACGCAGGUCUGACCCUCUUCCCGAGCUUCCCGAAGCCAUGCUGGCAAUGGAGCUAGACACCUGGGCUUUCAGAAGCUAAGUGAUCCGGGGACACAGCUCAGUGGCACAGCGUGUGCCUGGUGUGCCAUCCCAAGCACAUCUCGCUCCGUGUAUCAAGUGCAACCUCAGGUAGCAUUCUGAGACUUGUAACCAUCACUGCCGUGUUGCCAGCAGCCCAGACCAUGGCUCAAGGAGGCCAAGUGCCGGCUCCCCCAUGGUGGCGAGCUGAGCGACCAGCAGCAGACUGUUCCUCCUCAAAGUACCUGCUUAGUCCAUAGUAGCUGAAACCCUCUGCCUGCCCCAGCAAUUCUGAUAGGAAAUGAGCGUGUGUGUAUGUGUGUGGCAUGCGCGUGUGCCUGUGCUCUUGUGAGUGCGCGUGUGUGCGUGUGUGUGUGUGUGUGUGUGUGUGCGCGCGUCAAGUUAUUUAUUGAAAUGAGUCUAGGUGCUCUCGUGUGGCUGCAGACUGUAUACACUCAGCCUUCAGAGAGUUAGGCAUAUGGUCUGUGCACCUGGCUGUAAGAAUAUUUUCUAUUUUUUUAAGUAAUUUCGUGUUUGUGUGGGGAAAGUGGAUUUCCUUUCACUGAUGUGGGCUGAGUCAUUUGUGCGACCUUGACAUAACAGGUAAAGACGGGUGAAAAGAAAUAAAGGCCUUUUUACGUUCUUA